AUGGUCGUUGCGUUACAGCAUGCCGACCUGACCUCACUCAACAAAACAAUAGAGUUUGAUAAGACGACGAUGGAAAAGCUGAACAAAUCAAACUGCGAUCAAUGUUUGGACCGAAUAAAGAUAUUAAACACAAAGGCUAUCGAAGCACAAAAAGAGGGAAAUGACGAGAACGCUUACUUUUUCUACAUGCGCACUUGCGAAAUCGCGAUGUUGUUGAGUCGUAAGGAUCGUUUUAAAAACAUGCCUCCAACGAAACAGAAGUUAGCACAUGAAAUCCUCAGACGAUCAAUCGAAAAUGCGAACCAAAUACAAGAGACAUUGAAAAACCGAUAUGAAGCAAAAGAACAAGAAAGACAAGCUAACUUGGUGCACAAAGUAACAAAUGAGACAAGUCAUGCAACAGCUCCUAUAAAACAACCAUCGGUUUCCGAAUUCAUCAAGCAAACGAAGAUUAGUCCAAGAGACUUGAUUCGGUCCUUGCAAAACACCGAGCCCGCAAAAAGUGCAUUGAUUGUGGAUUUCAGAGAGAAACGAGAUUCGAUCAUCCAGUACACAAGGAAAAACUUUAUAACGGUUGUCAACGUUCCUGCAAGUUUUAUACAUAAGGGAUUGAUCUUCAACAAUUUGUGCCAACAAAUGCCAAUUAACGAUCGAACAAUUCUUUGUCAACUUGCCAAGUACGAUCUCAUAGUGUUGAUGGAAGAAAAUGAUCCGCUGUACGGAAAGAAUGGAGAUCUUGAAAUGGGAUCAAAAGCUCUUAUACUUACGGAAGCUUUGUACACGUACAAUCCCGCCUAUAAACCAAAACAUCGACCGAUUGUUAUGGAAGGUGGAUUUCGGAAUUGGCAGCGACAAUACCCUGUCUACACAACAGAGGCUGUCAAAGAGGAGGAACUCGAUCCAGAUUCACAAGCGGCUAGCUUUGAAAUAAGAAUAGCGAAGCUACAAGCAAACUAUGGAAUCGAUUUUCGAGAAGCAAUGGGACCAGUUUCCUAUCCAUCGAUUCCGGAUCUCGACAGUCUGCUUAUAGAUAAACCUAAAGAGGUGCCGUAUAGAACUGCGACACCAUCCACGAUCUCUAGUGGGAUAGAUCUGCCUAAAGUUAAAUAUCCGCCAGCUCUUGACUUGAAUCCACGACAAUCAAGAAGGGAUGUUCCACAAGAAAUUUUUGAUGAGCAGAAGCCGCAACUUCCAGCGCUAACUCGUGACAACAAGCCAACCUUCGAAAUAGGCGAUUAUCGGCCAAUUGACAAAGGGAUUCCGCAAAUCGAUCGUAGCACAAAGCCCGCUGUUCCAGUCUUGGGAGGCAAUCGUUUUGAAGAUCGACCACCUAGCGCCCCUAUUACCAGUGUACCUUGUGCACCGACGACACCGCAACUCGAUCGCACAAAGAAACCGACCGGCCCUCAAAGAGAUCCUCGAAUGGAGGGGGCUCUUAUUAAGGCCUACCAAACAACGAUUUCAAGACUUGAAGCAUCGGGUGGUCGGAAUGAGAAUCCCGGACAAGUUGGCCUUUACAACCUUGGAAACACAUGUUUUGUUAGUGCAACUCUUCAGUGCCUUUUCCAAACGCCAUUCCUAAACCACUUCUUUUGUGGCGCCAAUUUUCUUUCUUGUAUUGGACCCCACACAAAGCUCAACACUGGUGGCUUAAUGGCGGCUGUUUACUCUGGCUUAAGCGAUGUGGUAUGGGGAGGACGUGUGAAACAAAUACGACCGGAAUACUUUCUGAAAGUCUUUUCUCAAAUCAAUCCCUACUUUUCGGAUGGUUCUCAACAUGAUGCUCAAGAGUUUAUGAUCAAUCUGCUGGAUGCGCUACACGAGGACACAAAUAGAGUUGCAAAGCCGAUUCCGCUUGAUACAAAUUACACUGGUGGCCAGAAAAUCGUAGCGGAAAGUGAAGACUAUAUUCAACGAUAUAAAAAAUACGCCGAGUCACCAAUCUCGAACAUAUUUGAUACACAUCGAGUCUAUGAGUUAAGCUGUCGUACGUGUGAGCGCACUUCUGUUACCUUCGAAAAGUGGCGAAUGUUGUCAUUAGAGGUUCGAUCUCGUUUAGAAGAUUGUUUUGGGGCUCAUUUUUGUGAUGAGAGGCUAGAAGGCGAAGAAAUGUGGGAGUGUCCAUCAUGUAAGUGCAAAAGGUCGGCGAUACGCAAAGCUCGAAUAUGGAGCCUCCCACCGGUGCUAAUCAUUCACCUCAUGCGCUUUUCGAUGACUGACGGUGGUUAUGUAAAGAACGCGGAUCCGGUGUAUUUUGAGCGAACGUUGGAUGUUUCGCCUUGGCUCCAUCCGUCGAGUCCUCAAAAAAAGAAACGCUAUGUACUCUAUGGCGUCACGAAUCACCGAGGAAGUCUGAAUAGUGGUCAUUACACGGCAAUCACACAGCACAGAAUAGAUCAGAGUUGGGUGCGAUACGACGAUGAGAGCGCUACGAGAGUGUCAACUAAUGCGUUUGACGCCUCCGCUGCUUUCAUUCUGUUCUACAAGAAAGAAGACGUA